AUGGGCGGCGGAGCACAGUACCCAUACCCCAAGGAAGUGUGGACGCCCUCCGGCGGCUGGUGGACCCGCCCUCGUAACUGGGCCGGCAACACCGUCAUCGCCGUCGCUGGCAUUGCUGCCGUGACCUACGCUACCUGGAUGGUCAGCGCUCGCAACGAGGUUCGCUGGAUCGCGCCAACCAAGCCAAUCCCCUCGCAACGGUGGUCGCCUCAGGCAGCCGCAAUGGGCGUCCAUGCCUGCCCCUACCCCCGAGCCCCCAUAGCCUCAGAGCACGAGCUCCGCGAGCGCCUGAUCCCUACCACCUGGGUCCUGCGCCUCGUCCGGACACUGCGCGUGCAGAGUAGCAGAACCCGCCAAAAUGCCGCCAAGGCCGCCCUUACACCCAUGACGCUCUGGGGACUCAUCGGCUACCUCCUCGAGAACACUCUGCUGCAUCCCAAUACCCGCGCUCUGCUCGAGCAGUUCUGCGAGAUCCAGGAUCCAUGA